AUGUCCAAGACGACUACAGCCGCAGCAAUAGCCCUUGGGUUCAUCUUCAUCAUCGUCAAUUUCGCGGGAAACUGCUAUGCCGCAGCCGCACUGCAGUUCGGCUUCUACGACCGCAAGUGCAACGACCCCGACGUCGAGGCGAUCGUUGGUGACGUCAUUGCGACGACGAUCAAGGACAACCCCACUCUUGUCGCUGCUCUUCUGCGCUUGCAGUUCCACGACUAUUUUGUUAACGGAUGCGAUGCAUCGAUCCUGCUUGAUGGGAAAGACAGCGAGAAAACGGCGCUGCCAAAUCGAAGUGUGAGAGGCUUUGAGAUCAUCGACGCCGCCAAGGCCGCCGUCGAGGCCAAGUGCUCUGGCAUAGUUUCUUGCGCUGAUAUCAUUGCCAUGGCUACCAGAGAUGCCGUUUCCUGGAGCGGAUGGGGGAGAUACGAGGUACAAACGGGAAGAAGAGACGUCUUGGUGUCGCUUGCAAGCAAUGUGGAUAUUCCCUCUCCUUCCGUCUCAGUUCGAGACAGCAUCCAAGCAUUCGCUAGGAAAGGGCUUGGAGUUGCAAACAUGGUCUAUCUUCUUGGUGGCCACACUGUUGGAGUAGCACAUUACAGAUCGUUCAAAGAUCGUCUCUACAAUUUCCACAACACUGGAUUGCCUGAUCCAAGAAUGAGUCCAUUGUUGCUCUCGAGUUUGAGAUCAAGGUGCCCACAGAAUGCAACAUUUGACAGUAACACUGCCGAUCUAGAUCAAAAUCCUAGAAGCGCCCUGGUUGUCGAUAACUCCUUCUACAGGCAAAUAAUCCUCAACAGGGGCGUUCUUCAAAUCGACCAAGAGCUCGCUUUGAGCCCACGAACCCAGGGCAGAGUGAUGUGUGCGGCUCAUGCCCGGGACUUCGCCCCCAGAUUUGCUCUGGCCAUGGUUAAAAUGGGUGCAGUUGAAGUUCUUACCGGCUCAAAAGGCGAGAUUAGAAGUUCAUGCCGGGUUGUCAAUAAUCCCACUUCAUCCAUAAUCGGCUAG